AGAAGAACCAGUUUGGACUCGGUGGUCGGAAAGGGAAGGUAAGAACAGGGGAAGGGGCGAUUCCGGGGAGGAAUUUGCGGGUGACGAAGGGAAGGUACACCUGUCGCCACCUAAGUAGAAAGAAAAGCCAGAACGAAACAAAUGAGUACCAAUUUCUAAAUUAUAGCUUCCCCCUCCUCCAGCUUGUUGUCUGUUGUUCUUCCACGACCUAGCUAGAUCCUCCCUUUUGUUGCUUACUCGUCUCCCAGUCGGUUGCGCCAUGGCGGACGGCUAUAAGCCUGUAACUCAAGGCAGGGCUCUAGGGUUGACUUACUGGCCGGCCGGAAACGGUAUUUGUCGUCAGCUAGGUCCGCCACGUCAGGGUCGACUCAGAUCAUCGUAGUUUCUACCAACCCUUAUUCGCCUUAUCCAUUUUUUUAUAUCUCGUUCAUUCAUCACUUUCUCUCUUUCUCUACCAAGACCCGGACAAAAACAGCCAACAAAAACCCCACCGAACGUCACGUAAACAAGAUCUCCAUCCCCAAUUCUCCUCUUCUCCUUCUCCUUCUUCUCCCUUCCCUCCACCAAACCCAAAUUCUGCACACUGCAUUUCCGACUUCAUCUCUGUUUCUCUCGCUCUCUCUCUGCAUCUUGGUGUUUCUUUCGAUUGGGAUUUAUUUUAUUUCCCAAAACUCUAAUCCGCAUCCUUUGCCCUGUGGCGCAUCGGCACCGCCAUCGUGCUCAUGGGCGUCUCCGGUGCCGGGAAAAGUACCAUUGGAGAACUGCUGGCGACAGAAUUAAACUGCAGCUUUCUUGACGCCGAUGACUUCCACCCUCAUUCCAACAAAGAGAAGAUGAGGCAGGGCAUUCCCCUGACCCACGAAGACAGAAUCCCCUGGCUCAAUCUCCUGAGGGACAAACUCCGGCACCACCUCAUCUCCGGCAACACAGUAAUCCUCGGUUGCUCUUCCCUACGGAAGUCUUACAGAGACAUCCUCCGAUCCGCCGACCCCCACCCGCCGCCGUCCACCUGUUGCUGCCAUUUCGUGCUGCUGGAUGCCAGCGUCGACUUGCUCGCCCGCCGCCUCGCCGAGAGAGCUAAACAGGGGACUCACUUCAUGCCUCCGACUCUGCUGCGGUCCCAGCUGGAUUUGCUCCAGAUUGACGACCCUUCAGAACAAAUUCUCCGGGUCGAUGCUUCCCUUCCUCCUCCCGCCAUUGUCUCAAAUAUCAUAUCCUCCUUCGUGAUUUCCAGCCGCAGCCCCAGAGAGCCAUCAUGCCGGCCAGAUUUCACACAGCACAGUAGCACCACCACCGCCCCCAUUCAAUAGCAGCUAGCUCGUGUUUGUCGAUGUCGUAAGAAAUGCAGGAGCAGGGGAAAACGGUGUAAAAAGCAGGGCGUUAAGUGCAAAGAGGAAGAGGUAUGGUGCGGUGAAGGAGUCUCGUCAGAAAAAGAUAUGCACGGACAAAAAUCUUUUGUUAUUGAAAACUCAUAUCCAUAAACAAAGGCAUUUGAUCAAAUCUCUCAUACAUAUUGUCUUGGAUUAAAUGAGAGAUUUGGAUCCAAAUCCCUCCAUAGUACAUUCAUCAGCCAAACCAUCCUAUGGGACACUAAGUUGUAUUUGUUAGGGAUGGGGGCAAUGGUUGAAACCAGGAACAACCAGUUACACAGAUACUGACGUCGAUCGGAGCCAAGAACGAAACUCGAACACCAAGCAUUCAAAAUGAAACAAAAUGAGAGUUUUUUUAGCCACGAAAUGAGCUACCUCACAUCAAUUCUUUAGAAUAUAUGAUAACU